AUGCACCAAUUUCUCCGCCGAGCUCCCCAAAGUGGGAAGCACCACAGUUAUUGUGUAGGGCACGCGAAGGUACGAUGCAGAGAACUCGACAAGUAUCUCGUCAGAAGGCUAAGGCUCUUCAUAGACACCGAGGAAGAAUCCUCAGUAAACCAGACCACUCUGGUGGAUAACGACGCACAGACCUGGAAGGUAGACCCUGAGUUCUCUUUCGAGGAUGCGACUGUAACGCUCGUGGCGGAAAACGUCGGAUUCCGCGUCUAUGGAGGUGUCUUGGCUGGGCACUCAAAGGUUUUGAAGAAGCUACUCGCGGUACAUCACAUGGGCGAGACCACUACCAACUCCCGUAAGCUUGAACUCUGUCUUCCUGAUACCGCCAGGGACUGGCGCUACGUGCUGCGCGUAUGCUUUACUCAAGAAAUAUCUCUGAGGUUCCGUCUCCCCACCGCUGAAGAAAUCUUCGCAUACGUUCGCAUCGGCCACAAAUACUGCAUCCAGAGCCUCUACAACCGAAGCAUCGAAUUUCUCAAGAGGUUCUUCGGAACCGAUUACUUUGGAUUUUACAAGGUCAACGGUUCCAUCCCAAAGUCGUUUUCCCCCGUUCACGCCAUUGGUGUCGUCAACAUCGCCCACUUCGUGGGAGAAUCAUCCAUGCUUCCCCUCGCCUUACGCGCCUGUUGCCUACUCAGCGUUCCUCGCCUGCUGGUAGGCUUCGAGUACAGCGACGGCAAGAGUGAGACCUUGUCAGCGGGAGACGUCGUACGGUGUCUGACGGCAAAACCACAGUUUGCCAGCAACCGCCUCUCUUCGUUCCUUCGCAUCAUCACCCCAUUCCUCUCUUCCCACUGUGUCAAUUUAGGUCUCACUGGGAAACCGUGCCGCGAAGCCGCAAUGCCCCUUCUAGACCUCGCGCAAUCCGAGUCGACCUAUCUCGGUCAAACCGAUAGGCAGCAUGGUUUAUCCAUCGUACUUUGCGACUCUGUUCUGGAACAACUGUGCCCAUCAUGUCGCACACAGCUUGGGGAAGUCCGGCAAGCUGAACGCUAUGCGUCGUGGAACAAGAUUCCUUCCAUUCUUGGAUUAGAAUGCCCAGAAUGGAAGAACAUCAAGGUUCGUACCCAGUUUUCUCGAGGGGCCGAUGAAUGGCUGAUACAACCCGAAUACCUAGUGAGGACCGGCUAUGAACGAGCCACUUGGCCCAUAUGA